AAAAUUAAUUUUUGCAUUCGGACGGUCAGUUUGAAUUUGCCAUUCGAUUCGUGUGGUUCAACAAUUUAACUACAGUUGAUUUGACGCGCAAAAACAGGUUUUUUUUUCUUAAUAUUUUUUCGAAAAUGUUCACAAAGUCGCUACUCGUUGUAGCACUUUUCUGUGCUGUUAAUUUGAUAAAUGCCGAUGGAAACAGCAAAGUGGUGUGUCAUUACGAUAGCAAAAGUUUCAUUAGAGAAGGACUGGGAAAAUUGACCUCAGCUGAUCUGGAACCCGCCUUGUCGUUUUGUACACAUUUGGUGUAUGGAUUUGCUGGUAUUAACAGUGCCGACAAUAAAUUGAAAUCGUUGGACGUUGGAUUGGAUUUGGAUCAGGGAAAAGGCAACUACCGCAUCAUAACUCAAUUGAAACGAAAAUAUCCUGGCUUGAAGGUUCUGUUAUCCGUUGGUGGUGGUGUUGAUAUUGAUCCAGAUGCGGACACCAACAAAUAUCUGACACUGUUGGAAUCCAUGGGCGGCCGUCAAGCUUUCAUUAAUACAGCACAUUCGUUGAUCAAGACGUACGAUUUUGAUGGACUUGAUUUGGCCUGGCAAUUCCCACCGAAUAAACCGAAGAAGAUUAGAAGCUCGAUUGGAUCAUUAUGGUCUGGAUUCAAGCAUUCUAUCGGAAUUGGCAACAAUCCUGUUGAUGAGAAAGCAGAUGAACACAAGGAAGAAUUCACAGCCUUCGUUAGAGAAAUCAAAAGUGCUUUCCGUCCAGACAACUAUAUCCUUUCGUUGACAGUUUUACCGAACGUGAAUUCUACAUACUUCUUCGACAUUCCAGCAAUUAUCAACAAUCUCGAUUACGUUACAUUGCCCUCGUUCGACUUCCAAACACCAGCUAGAAAUCACAAAGAAGCUGAUUAUUCCGCCCCACUUUAUGAAUUGAAUGAACGGAUCAAGGAGAGCAAUGUCAACUAUCAAGUUCUAUACUGGUUGGCUCAGCACGCACCCGCAUCGAAAUUGAUCGUUGGUAUUCCAACAUUCGGACGCACAUGGAAAUUGGAAUCUGAUGCCACACAAACUGGAGUGCCACCAAUUCUAGGAAUAACCGAAGCUGGACAGGAAGGUCUUCAAACCAAAACUCCCGGACUUUUGAGCUAUCCUGAAAUCUGUGCCAAACUCCCGAAUCCCAGCAACAACAAUUUGAAGGGUGAAUUUGCUCCAUUGCGUAAAGUUGGUGACCCAACAAAACGUUUCGGAACAUAUGCUUUCCGACUACCUGACAGCGAUGGCAACUUCGGCCUCUGGGUAAGCUACGAAGAUCCGGAUACAGCUGGUAACAAAGCUGGGUAUGUUCGUGCUAAAGGAUUGGGCGGUAUCAGUAUCAACGAUUUGUCUUUGGACGAUUUCCGUGGUACGUGCUCGGGAGAUAAAUAUCCAAUUUUGAGAGCCGCAAAAUAUAGAUUGUAAGAGUCGGACCCCGUGCCAUGACACUGAAUUUUACUGUAAUUUCGUUUGCCGAAUAAUUAAAUAAAUGAAAGGAACAGAUGAAUGUGUACGUAUAAUGGUUAUUCAAACGAACUGCAGAAAAUUAAACUCUUUUUUUCCACGUCGCUACAAUUUGAGUUUUAUUUUCGGUGAAGAAAUAGAAAGAAAGGUUCAUGGUUCUCUCAACCAUACCAUACCAGACCAAAG